AUGAAUUCAUUGUCGCGGAUUGAGGCAGUUGUAUGCGAAAUACUACAAUUUCUUAAGUCAGAUGAAUCAUAUCAAGUCAAAGAAAAUUAUCCUGUGAGAAUUUUGCUGAAAAAUCCCACCGAAUUUACACGCUUUAUGGUGAUUUUAAAAAUGAUGCAUGAAGCUGUACGAGAGAACAAAUUUGUAACGAAAAGAUCUAUAUAUUACUCGAAUCCAAUUUUGUUUAAAAGACAGUCCACAAUAGACCCGAUUGUGUCAAAGAUUUGCGAGAACUUCAAUCUUCCCCGUUGUGCGCUUAAAAUAAGUGCUUCUCCCAAACUGAUAAUUCAUGGAGAUAUCGUUUUGAAAGCAGGAGUUGAAGACAGUUCAUCCAGAACCAAUUGCAUGUCUAUAACCGAAAGAAUAUUUCAAAAUGAAACGGAUAUCAAUCUGACAGAUAUCGAGUGUACAGCACAAUUUAUACUAAUCAUAGAAAAGGAUACAAUUUUUCAAAAAUUAUUAAAUGAAAACUUCUAUGAAAAAUUUAAACCAUGUUUACUGGUUACAGCUAAAGGUUAUCCAGAUUUAUUGACUAGAAAAUUUCUUGCUCAGUUAACGCAUAUUUAUUCACGUAUGCCUAUAAUAGGCAUUUUUGAUGCUGAUCCACACGGUUUAAAUGUAUACUGUACCUAUAAAUAUGGAACAAUGAACCCGACGAUGAAAGAUGCAAAAGGAAAUCCUGUUAGAAUACCAAAUCUACAACUCUGUGGACUACUUCCAAGUGAAAUAUCAUCAUCUAUUCAUAUUAAAGAGACGCAACUUUUAUCACUAACAAAGAAUGAUAAAACUCUGUUAGAAACAAUGCAAAAACGUGAAUAUAUUCAACAUGAGCCUCUAUUAUUAAAACAGAUAAGACAUUUAUUAUUUACAGAAAAGAAAGCAGAAUUGGAAGCUUUAAAUUCAAUUAAUACAAGAUUUUUAACGCAUGAAUAUUUACCAGAUAAAUUAUUGUCAUUAGGAAUAUUGCCUAACGAUUAUCAAUGAAGACAAAUUUGUCAAAACAACGGAAC